AUGGAGUCACAGCAAUCAAAUCUCGAAACACCUCUCAAAAUUCAACCGGACCACAGCGAAAUCGCUGUUUUGAACUCAGAAUCGCCGCCUCUGCUGCUUUCGGAAGCUGGUCCGGAUCAUGAAUCUCCUCCUCGAGUCUCCACCAACGAGCCAAUGAAGAAAAUCGUGACCCCGGAUCGUCUCAGAGUCCCUGUAGCUUUCAAGCACCCAGAGAGGUACAGAAGUCCAACAGAUGCAAUCAUGUCUCCGGUUACGAAAGGUCUUCUCGCAAGAAGCAGAAAGGCUUCCGGUUCUCUUAUUCCUCCCAGCUUUAACUUAUCCAAGAUUCAAGAUCUACGCAAACCGGAAUCUGGUUUAUCUUCUGUUGGUUGUUGA